AUGGAAGAAAUCGCAACGGGUUUUGCUGCGAUAAGAGAAGCCAUCUUAUCACGAGAGGCUCCAGAGUUGGAGAUGCUUAAUACAGACACACCAGUUAUUGAAGAAGUAGGAGGUCCUUCUGCGGGAAAUGUAAAAGAUUCUGUUACAUCGGCUGCAGACGAGAUUCCAUGGGAAUUAGAUGCAGAUGGUCUUCGUAUCUUUGGGGAAGAUCCUGCGCAAAAAGAGCCUGAGUUGAUCUUACACUCUAGUGUCGCUAUGCGUUGGAAAAAAUACUUGUCAGAAGGUCUUAAAAAAGAGGUGAAGGAUUCCCUUAUGGAAAAAUACCCUAGGAAGGGUAAGCUUUCAUUCGAACCACCGAUUCUAAAUGAUGAGGUGGCGGUAAAUCUGAAAGAAUCGGCUCUAAAAAGAGACAAAUAUUUUGGAGCAACACAGAAAUUGGCAGGAUCUGCUUUAGCAGCGUUGGCUCCGGCAAUCGAGUCGUUGGCACCACUGAGGGAUGCAGAAAGUAUGAAAAGAUUAGAGCAGAUCUGGGACGCUGCGAAGUUGCUAAUCGAAAUUCAUAAAUCUCAAACAGUAGCACGUAAGGCUUGCAUCCUGCCUACUUUGUCCAAGCAGUGGGCUACUGCUCUUGAAAAAAGAGUAACAGAUAGUUACUUGUUCGGAGAGAAGCUGGUGGAUAAAGUGAAAGAGAUUAAGGCUAUUGGGAAGGUUGGGCUCGUCGAGCCAGAAGAAGUCAGUGACUCAGACGGGCGGGAGAACAUCAGUCUUGAAAAAACCACUGACUUCCAGAUUUCCACCCAAGCAAUCAACUUACCCGAAGUCGAGUCAAUAUCGACAACAAAAUCAGCGUUCUCAGAACCGUUAGUCCAGCAGGACGUCGUAAGUAUUUUUGCGGGUCGUCUUAAACAUUUUGUAAAGGUUUGGGAAUCGAUCACUAAGGACAAGUUUAUCAUCCAGACUGUGAAAGGGUAUAAAAUACCCUUUGAAUCAACCCCCUUUCAAAUUAAUCCUCCACCGUCUAGAAAUUGGUCGGAGCAGGAAUCGGCAUACAUUCAAUCAGAAAUUGAUAGGCUACUUUCAAUAGGAGCGAUUGUGGAAGCUGAGGAAGUUCCAGAUCAGUUUCUUUCUUCGUUUUUUCUAGUUCCUAAAUCUGAUGGUCAGCAGAGAUUUAUUCUGAACUUGAAAAAGUUAAAUACUUUUAUUGCUGCAGAACAUUUUAAACUCGAGGAUCUUAGAUCAGCUUGCAGCCUAUUAGAACAAGGUAUUUUCAUGGGAACGAUUGAUCUAAAAGACGCCUAUUUCCUGAUUCCUGUAUGGAAACCACAUUGCAAGUUUUUGAGAUUCUUGUAUAAUGAAAAAAUUUUCGAGUUCGUGUGCUUACCUUUUGGUCUGUGUACGUGUCCAUUGACUUUUACAAAAUUAUUAAAACCUGUUAUAAAUUCCCUGCGUUGCAACGGUUGGCUCUCGGUUGUGUACUUGGAUGAUUUCUUGUGCUUGGGUCAGUCGAUUAGAGAAUGCAGCGAAAAUUUAACUCAAACUAUUGUCUUGCUGGAGAGGUUAGGAUUUAUUGUUAAUUAUGAAAAGUCCAAAUUGGUGCCCGAAAGGAAAUGUAAAUAUUUGGGGUUUAUUUUGGACUCAGUUUCUAUGAAGGUAGAGCUUCCGCAUGAGAAGAAGAUCGCAGUACGAAACCAGAUUGAGUCUCUUAAAAGAAAGGGCGUAUGA